UAAGCUUAUCGGAAAAGCCGCGUUAUCGGCGGUGGUUGGACAUAAAAAUCCAACGCGACGUAGGAAACGGGAAAUUUGGCAUAUAAGCCGUGGCCAGAGAAUUACUACCGUCUAGCUUACUGUCCAUCCAUUCUUCACAUAUAUAACCAAUUUAAGUUCGCACGUUUUCAUUGAUCAUCGACAUAUUUAUUUUAAGCUUUACGUGGACGAAACGAUUCAGUGAUGUUCAUCACCGUGGUACUGAUAAUCCUGAUUUUGAUUUUAGUGGUAGUCAAGCAUAAAGUGAAAAAUCAACCGCCAGGUCCGUUUCCGUGGCCGGUUAUCGGCAAUCAGUUUCUACUAAAGCGCUUAACUCAUAAAUUGGGAGCACAGCAUUUUGCCUUCAUAGAGCUGUCGAAACGAUACAAUAGUCACUUGAUAAGCCUAGGUUCAGGCGCCAAUAAGGUAUUAGUCGUUUCUGGAAGCGAAUCUUGUAUGAUGGAGGUACUGAAAAGCGAGGAGUUUGAGGGCCGACCAUGGAACGCGUUUAUCGAAAUGCGAAAUAUGGGGAAGAAACAAGGUAUCACGAUGAACGACGGAGAUGAGUGGAGGGAAAUACGUGGUUGGACGAUGCGGACCAUGAGAUCCUUCGGUUUUGGGAAGCAAAACAUGUUGGAUAUGAUCAAGAACGAAUUAAAUAUAAUCCUAGACAAAAUGAAGAAAGGGGGUGUACAACGAUUGAAACCAAUGAUCGUGCCUGCUGUAUUAAAUGUCCUUUGGAUGUUGACGACGGGAAAACCAUUUGGCGAUGAUCGAAAGUUACAGUAUUUUACCGAGUUGCUGGAACGUCGAGCACGAGCCUUCGACAUGAACGGCGGAUUUUUAGCCGCUUUCCCUUGGUUACGUUACGUUGCACCCGAGACCUCAGGGUACAACCUUCUUGUAACGCUGAACAACGAGCUCAAGGCCUUCUUAAUGGAUAUUAUCAAUGAACACAAGCUCCAAUAUUCACCAGAGAAUAACGACGAUUUGAUAGAUCUGUUUCUUCAUGAAAUGUAUAGCGAAAAUAGUUCCAGUUCAAUUUUCAACGAGGAUCAAUUGGUAAUGGUAUUGAUUGAUUUUUUCCUUGCUGGUUGCACCACCACGGCCACGUCCAUGGACUUCCUGUUUCUAAUUAUGGUGUUGCAUCAGGACGUUCAACGUAAACUGCAACAGGAAAUCGAUUCAGUGAUUCCACGUGACGAGUUCCCCGAGUUGAAACACAAGAUAAAGCUUCCUUAUACAGAAGCUGUAAUAACCGAGUCGCAACGACUCUGGCCACCAUUCCCUAUUAUUGGACCACGACGAUGUCUUCGCGAUACAAACCUUGGGGGUUACAAGAUACCAAAAGACUCCACUAUACUGCUAAAUAUGUAUUCCAUUCACGUAGAUCCCGUGCUAUAUCCUGAUCCGCACACGUUCAAUCCCGAACGAUUCAUAAAGGAUGGUGUCUUCGAACCGAAUGUAAACUCUUUGUCUUUUGGAAAAGGAAGAAGAAGAUGUCCAGGUGAAAUGUUAGCAAAGUCUGCGAUGUUCCUUCUAUUCACUGGCAUAAUGCAGAAGUACACCCUACUUCCGGUCCCUGGCAAAGGACCAACUUCCCUAGAAAUUAAUCCUGGCCUGACGAUCUCACCAAAGCCUUACCAGUCAUUAGUUAUGCCACGAUAAUUUCUUUUAUCAGGCAAUUUCUUCCAGUAAUAUUCUUUUGCGUAACUAAAUGAAUAUAUUUAUAAGUGGUUACAAAAUUAAGAUAGGCUUUAUGUUUUCUUUCUCUAUCGUAUUUUCUAUUUCUAGCAUCUAUGACGACGCUUCAUAAUAAAUGCUAAAUACUUAUUAGAAUAAUUAUAAUUAUCAGAAAGUGAAAGAACAAUAAAGGUACAGCAAAGAAAUUAUA